AUGUUCAAGAACAUGUUCCAGAAACGACCGCAGGAUCUAUAUGCCGACAGCGAACUCCAGAGAGCAUCCGUGGGUGAAUCUGUCUCCACGGCUGAUCGCGAGAAAGGACCUAGUGAUGUUGUCGAUACACCUAUUCCUCUGCUCACCUGGCGCUCCACUGUCAUGGGUCUUUUUGUAUCCAUGGGUGGCUUCCUGUUCGGUUACGAUACUGGUCAGAUUUCUGGAUUCCUGGAGAUGAAAAACUUUCUGGAACGUUAUGGUCAGCUUGGGGCCGAUGGAACUUAUCAUUUUAGCAAUGCGCGCUCGGGCCUUAUUGUGGGACUGUUGUCUGUCGGCACCCUUAUUGGAGCUUUAAUCGCCGCACCUAUUGCUGAUCGUAUCGGACGAAAGUGGUCCAUCAGUGGAUGGUGUGUGAUCCUUUGUGUUGGUAUCACUAUCCAAAUCUCAUCUCCCUCCGGAAAAUGGUACCAAGUCGCCAUGGGCCGUUGGGUUGCAGGUCUUGGUGUGGGGGCAUUGUCCUUGCUUGUUCCAAUGUAUCAAGCAGAGUCUGGACCCAGGCACAUUCGAGGCUCUUUGAUCAGUACAUAUCAGUUGUUUAUCACACUCGGAAUUUUCGUCGCAAACUGCAUUAACUUUGGAACCGAGGCCAAUACCGAUACCAGUUCAUGGAGAAUUCCGAUGGGAGUGACCUACAUUUGGGCUCUAAUUCUCGGCCUCGGUAUGGCUCUCUUCCCCGAAAGUCCUCGAUAUGACUACCGCCACGGAAAAGUUGAAAAAUCUAUAAACACGCUGGCAAAGAUAUAUGGCAUCCCAAAAAACCACCGUGCACUCAAGAUCGAAUUCGAAGAGAUCAAACAGAAAUACGAUGAAGAAGUCCGCAAUGGCCAAGUCACCUGGGUGCAGCUUUUCAAAGCCAAGACCAUGUCCUACCGCGUCGCUGUGGGUGUCACCCUCCAGGCUCUGCAGCAACUGACGGGCGCCAACUACUUCUUCUACUAUGGGACGGUUGUCUUCAAGGGCGCUGGUAUUCAAAACAGCUACGUCACCCAAAUGAUUUUGGGAGGCGUCAACUUCGGAACAACAUUCCUUGGCCUGUACCUGAUCGAACACUACGGUCGACGCCGAUCCCUCAUCGCAGGUGCCCUGUGGAUGUUCGUCUGUUUCAUGAUUUUCGCUUCUGUGGGCCACUUCUCCCUCAACCAGGAUAAUCCCGAGCAAACGAAGUCCGCCGGUGUAGCCAUGGUUGUCUUCGCCUGUCUCUUCAUCCUCGGCUUCGCAAGUACCUGGGGUCCAAUGGUGUGGACGAUCAUCGCAGAGCUGUAUCCCUCGCAGUACCGUGCACGCGCCAUGUCUCUCGCAACCGCCUCAAACUGGCUGUGGAACUUCCUUCUAGCUUUCUUCACACCGUUUAUUGUGAGUGCGAUUGACUUCCGUUUUGGAUAUGUCUUUGCUGGGUGCCUUUUCCUCGCUGCGGGUCUGGUCUACUUCGCUGUUAUUGAGGGACAAGGCCGCACUUUGGAGGAGAUAGAUACCAUGUACCUCAUGAAGGUCAAGCCGUGGCAAAGCUCCAAGUUCCAGUUCCCGGCUGAUCCGAAUGUUAUUCGGGGCUCGUUUGACAAGGGCGAAGGUGCCGGCUCUUCGGCUCACGUUGAGCCGACGGGUGGUAUUCGUGAAGAAGUGCCCACGAUCCCGGAUACUCAGCCACAGGCUUAA